GCUGUCUGUCACUUGAUAAUUUUUCAAUGUCAAAUAGAGUGGGAAAUUCUGUUAUAUCAAAAAUAAAUUAGAAUUAGAAGAAAACGUUCAUAACAUGUGAAAUAAACCGUUUGUAUUAAAAUCUAAGGACAUAAUGGCAUCUUUAGAACUUCCUUAUGAGGUUCUGGUACACCUUUUCAAGUAUCUUUCACAUUCAGACAGAAAAUCAGCUAGUGAAACAUGCAGGGCAUGGUAUUUAGCUGCAAAUGAUUAUUGUUUCUUAAAGAAAAAAGUGCUUGUAUUCUUUAAAACAGAUCUGCAUGGGGAUUAUUUACCAUUACAAAUUAUUGAAGAUUCAAUUGUAUCCUAUGAAAAUUUCGUAUUCAGAGAAAUUGAUAUAUCAAGCAAAAUUAACAGAUUCUGGAAUAAAAUAGGUGAAAAUAUCAAGGUUUUAACUAUACAAAAGUGUGAUAUACAUGAAAGAGGGAUAAAUUAUAUCCUACAAAGAUGUACUAACCUAGAGAUGUUGAAUAUACAAAAUUGUAAAGAACUCUUUAUGUCUGGAUGCUUAUUAGAACACUCAGAAAGCUGGCUAGUCAAUAGCUUCAGAAACUUGAAAAGUCUAAACCUGUCCGAAAACAAGUACAUCACUGAUGCCUUAUUUUAUAGAUUUGUUAAGGCUGCACCAGAGCUGGAACAUUUGUGUUUAUCAUUAUGCCCUUUGCAAUUUCAUGGUGGCUUCAUAAAAAAAUUUUAUCCAAAAACAGACUAUAUUUUUCAAAAUCCUUCAGAAUGUGUUUUCACAUUUUAUUUUUUAAUGCAAUUCAUCGCUUCUAGAGUACAAAAAAUUCGACGUUUGGAAUUUUCUAACACACUUAUUGAUGGAGCUGCACUAAAAUCUUUAGCUGAAAUCGAAGAUCUAAAACUUGACUCAUUACAAUUGAGUACUUGUGAUCAACUCACAAAUGCAGGAAUUAUUGCACUCACAACACACCAGCAAUCACUAAGAGAGCUUAAUAUUGCUCUAUGCACAAGAGUUACCGACCAAUCUCUUAAAUACAUCUGUGAUAAUCUAUUCAAUUUGGAAUGCCUAAAUAUUCAGAGAUGUAGAGCUGUUUCAAAUUUAGGGGUAUCUGAACUACACAAAUUGAAGAAAUUGAAAAAAUUAAACAUUGCCCAGUGUGAACUUAUUACUAAAGACGGAAUAGAGCAAGGUUUGUGCAAGGAAGAAAAUUUAAUUUUAGAAGAACUAGAUUUAAAUUCUCUAAAUUUGCAUCAGAAUUGUGUCAUAAUGAUCUCUGAAAAACUACCCAACUUGACGUACCUUAAUUUAAGUUUCUGCUUUAAUGCAGUAACGGAUACAUCAGUACAAGUUAUCUUUAAGAACCAAGUGCAUUUAAAAACACUGAAAAUUACAUACUGUGAUAAAGUUUCUGAUGCUGGUUUGACUGGCAUGGGUAAAGUGGAAGCAGUAGGUAAUGCCGAGGGACCCGUAAUGUCGAGUUACAAUGAAAUGAUCGCACCCAAUAGAAUACACUUGGGUUCUAGAGCAGAGGAAGAGAUUAUACGUGAUGCUCGUAGAAAGCGUGACGUGAUGAGGAUGUGCGAAAAUUUAACUAUGGAUUCCUAUACCAGGUACUCCUUGGGCCAGCUCAAGUCUCUCAGGAAACUAAACAUUAGUGGCUGCAACAGAAUAACAGACGUGAGCCUCACAUAUGCUUUCUCAUUCAAAGAGCUCAAAAGUUUAGAUUUGAGUAGAUGCCAACAAAUCACUGUUGAUGGAAUACAACAUCUAGUCAAAAAUUGUCCCAGUAUUGAAUAUCUAGAUUUAACUGACUGCUAUAAUUUAAAAGAUGAUGCUGUCAUUGAAAUAGUUAAAGGCUUUAAAAGAUUGCAGCACCUUUAUUUGCGGGGUUGCAAUCAGCUUACAAAUAAGACAUUGGAAGCAAUAAGGGAGCAUUGUAAAGUCCUCAAAGUGCUGGACAUCCAGGGCUGUCUCAAUAUUUCAGUAGAAUUAGCCUGCGCAAUUGGAUCAUUGCCUACAUUGCACACAGUACUGAUGUCAAAGCCGGGAACAUGUUACAUCACGGAUGGAGUAAAGAACAGAUCACCUGUACCACCAACCAUUCCGUCCUUACUAAGGAAACUACAAUUAUGACUGAUGUUAUUGAUGAUCUUCCUUACUCUUAUUUAUAUUGGAUUUUAUUUAUCCAUGGUUACAGACUCCGAGCAUUUAUAAUCAUGAGUAUAAAUCCUGUGCCACAUUUGUAGAUACCAGUUUUAACCGCCGGAAACAUUUGGCCCAGCAGUGUCCUGUUAUUCAUUAUUUAACUUAAAGCAAAACUUUUUGUAAAAUGUUAUUAAUUUAAGAUUACUGAAAAUUUUUAGGCAGAGGGCGCUUUUAAUUUGUUUAUUGAUCUAGUCUGGGGCGAUGGGUCUGUUGCUGUCAGUCUGUUAGUAGGUAUAAUGUUUGAAAACUAAAGCUUAUUAUAUUGUGUAAUGUUUUAUUUAAUUAUAUUUUAUAGUACAUACAAUUGUAAGGAGUUUGACAGUGCGUUUGUAACAAACAUUUGGCGCCCUCUAGGCGGAACUUAUACGACAAUGGUAUUCCCAAUUUUAUUACAUCCAAUGAUUAGUUAUUAACGACUGCGUUACGCCACCACUACAAUAUUUAUACCUAGUUUAUAACUAGUGUUAGCAAAAAAAGAUGAUGUUUUUUUUCUCACUCUACUUGUUUGUAUUGAUAAUUGUAAAAUACUAAUUAAAUAAUAGACAGUAAUAAAUAGGAAUGUUAGACGCCUUUUAAAAAUUUCAAGCUUAAGAAGUUUUGCAGGCAAACUCCUAACAUGUUAAUAACAAUUACAGAGCAUAAUAAUUAAUCAGUAACACAACAUGAAAUUUAUUGGCACAUUAGAGUGAACGCAUGGUAAAAAAGGUAAAUGUAAAACACUUUUUAAGGGAUGGCAGACUGUAUUACUAAGCGAG